AUGUCUCGUGUGCCUGUGAACUUUCUACGCCACACCGCUAUUAUCAGUAGCCAGGUUAUUAUCCUGGCGUUUGGGUACGGAUUUCUUGGUGCAGUCCUCUAUUAUGAUUACCUUUCUCCACCUGAUCAAGUCGGCAACUUAUGGAGGCAUCACCCCCAAGAGUUGACGAUGGUGGUCACAUUGAUAGCAACUGUGCUUUCAGUCACUACUGCUACUCUUUUCACCAUUUCAAUCAAGGAGGCAUUGAGACAUCGGAUGUCACGGCCCAUCUCUCUCGUUGAGCUAAGUGCCGGUGUCGCUUUGGCGAAGGGCUCGAUCAUAUUGAGACCUGAGUACUUGCGACUGACCACCCUGACGCUGUUUGUCUUUGGUGUGUCAAGACUCUUGACAGCUGGGUGGACAACUCUCCUGACGCCAACCUACUUUUUAUGGCCAAUUCAAAUGCGAGGAUCCGAACUUGACAUCACUGGAACCGCAUUUUCCACCUUGCUCAUCGAAGAACUUCAAAACCAGGGUUUUUCUGUUGUCCAGGACAAUGCUUUCGAGAUUAUCGACAUCGGCGGAAUGCUAAGUGGAGUCUCUGCUGCAGGAUACACCUAUGGUCUUCCUGGGACAUUUGACUUCAAUGGCGCAAAAUAUGACGUAUCUACUCAGGGGAUUGUGCCCACCAUCGAGGAUUAUUCCGGCUCGGAUGGAGUUCCGGGUCCCAGCAGUACUCGUCUCGGGUUUUCUGUUGGAAACGUCACAGUCAACACAGGACCGCUACAGGGAGAACAUACCAGCUUGCAUAUUCCUCAAGGCUUCAGCAGAAACUAUUCCAUGUUGCAGCAGGGAUUGACAGCCAAUUAUGGUUGGAACACGAACAACUCCUACGUUAUCUAUGCCAACGCAGCUGCUCCGAAUAACUCGAUCACUGGUCUUCGCUUGUGGGAUAUAAUUGCAAACUGCGGUGCCAAUACGUCCACGACGCAGGACUAUGUGACCAGGGUGGAUGCAAGCGAAAACGCGAGUUUGUUAGGGAGUGGCUUUCUUCCUUCCGUUGUGUGCCCAGGGCCUACGAAUUUGAAUCAGACUUAUACAAGCUUCACAAUUCUUUCACAAGGAUUUUACAAGUAUAGGUUCCUUGACGCAACUGUAUGCGAAGUAAUCCCACUGUUGACCACAGUCCGCGCCAAAUAUUCCAAUGACCUAAUUUCUUCCGAGGUCGAUUCAUCCACCCCUUUCCGACCAGAGCAUGUUGAGCUACUGUCAUUCGUCGCUGGGGUUGCCAAGUUUCAGUCGAUUAACUCUCAGGGGCUCACGAGCAGCACGAUCGGAGAUACUCUGUACUCCAUCUAUUCCUCAACAACUAACACAUCUAUCGACGACAAUCUUGGAAAUCAGGCACAGGUAUACAAAGAGCUGGAGGAGUACUGGCGCGGCGUUGUUGAGUUUUCUGCUACAUUCCUUCGCUCCGGAUUCAUGGUUGUCGGUAGCUUCCCCGAUGAUACCAUUCCGGACUACCUCUCCUCUCCGGUCAAUGGGACAAUGUACAUAUCAACGAUAGGUUGGACUCGGCGAUCGGCGACAUAUCUUCUCGCUAUCCUUCCCCUCACCAUCAUCACCAUCCUCACAUUUGCCUGCGCUUUGUAUAGUAUCUUGCAGGCUCGGAAAGAGAAUAGUAGCCAUAAGACCAUCUUUGAUGCGUCAAACACCCUUCAUCUCAUCAUGGCAUCCGCUGCCGGUAGUCUGGCACUCCAAAAUUUCGUCAAGGAUGGGAUUAUUGCCAAUGAGGGCGUGAAGGUGCAGCUCCAGGACAAUGGUACACAGAAGAUGUUCGUGGAAGUUGAUCAAAAGAAGCUCGUAUGA